AUGGAGGCUGCCGCAACGGUCCCCCUAAUCGUCGUGGUGGGGCUGCUUGGCGUGACGAGCGCCGUGCUGGGGUUCAUAGCCGAGGCCAAAAAGCUCACUCCGGAUGACAUCCACGUGUCCGGCAGGGACUGCGUGUACCCGGCCAACGCCGCCCACGCGCUGGCGGUAGGCGCGAUGCUCCUGCUGGCGGUGGCCCAGGUCGUCGCCUCGGUGGCCGGCGGCUGCUGCGGCUGCUGCCGGCCAGCAGGGGGCGGCGCGUCCAAGAAGUCCACCAGGCGAGUCGUGGGCGUCGUCGCCUCCGUCCUCUCAUGGAUAAUGGCGGUGAUCGCUGGGGUGUUCUACUGGCGAGGCGCGGAGCUGAACGCGCCCGGGACCCGCGGCGCGACCUUCGCGGGCUCAUUCUACGAGAAGUGUCUGGUCAUCAGGGGCGGCGUGUUCGUCAGGGCCGCCGUGCUGAGCCUCGUCGCCACCUCGCUCGCGAUCAAGUCCUGCGUCCUGCUCCGCGCGCCGGCGGUGGAAGGUGGCGCCGGCGAGCCCAAGCCCGACGGCCAGAACCCGCCGGAAACCGGGGUCGCCGUCGGGCUGCCGCAGUGGCCGGCACAGGGGUACGGGCAAGCGCCGUAUCCGCAGCCUGCUGCGCAGGGGUACGAUCAAGCGCGCGUCUAG